UGGUCGUUGUAACAUCAGUGAAAAAGCAGAAGCGCGACGGAUGUGGGUAGCAUCUCAACACAAAUAGUGAGAGCUGGCGCACCAAGGGUGCAGCUAAAUCUGAAAGGCCCAUUGAGCCUAAAACUAUGAACCCCGAGGAGCAGACUGUUACGUGGCUAAUAACAUUAGGCGUGCUUAAUUCACCCAAAAAGAAUAUCGCUGAUCCGGAGGAAUUUCUGAAAACAUCGCUCAGAGAUGGGGUCGUCCUGUGUAAGCUUGUGGAGCGAGUGCUACCUGGAGCCAUCAUAAAGUAUUCAGCUGAGCCCAGAUGCGAAGCGGACUGCAUUGCAAACAUACGAGAGUUUCUAAAAGGAUGCCAGUCACUAAAGGUUGAGGGCUUUGAUCCAGAAAGCUUAUAUACUGGAGAGAACUUCAACAAGGUUCUGUCAACACUUUCAGCAAUAAACAUCGCCACUCAAGAUACCCCUAAAAGAUCAUGUCCACAGUCCAGUGCCUCUGUUCCUAGCCUGUCAGCCCCUUCACAACCUGUUUCCACCUUAAAGUCCAGCAAGUCUUUACGGAGGCAGUCAAAAGCUGUGGACAUGUCGGAGAAUGGAGGUGGCGGGCAGCUGGUGGUCAAGGCACGCUUCAAUUUCAAGCAGAACAAUGAGGACGAGCUGUCUUUCAGCAAGGGCGAGCUGAUCCAUGUCACACGCCAGGAGGAAGGUGGAUGGUGGGAGGGAACCCUUAAUGGGAAAACCGGCUGGUUCCCUAGUAAUUAUGUCCGAGAGGUCAAGCCAUGUGAGAAACCAAUUUCUCCAAAAGCAGUAAAAGGACUUGACGUUCCUCAGCUCACUAAAAAUUAUUACAAUGUGGUGGUACAAGACGUCUUGGAGCACGAGAGAGAGUUUGUCAAAGAGCUGCAGACGGUACUGGGCUGCUACCUGCGCCCUCUACAGGCUAGUGACAAGCUGUCUAGUGCGGACUGCUCCAGUCUGAGUGGGAAUUUAGAGGACAUCCUCUCGUUCCAACAGGGACUGUGUCUUGCCUUAGAGGAGUGCUCCAAAAUGCCAGAGUGCCAGCAGCGGAUUGGCGGUUGUUACCUGAACCUGAUGUGUCAGAUCAGAACACUGUACUUGUCCUACUGCUCCAGCCAUCCUUCUGCAGUCUCUGUGCUGACUGAUCACAGUGAGGAGCUGGACAAGUUCAUGGAGAGUCAAGGUGCCAGUGCUCCUGGUAUCCUAACCCUGACCACCAGCCUGAGCCGACCCUUCAUGAGGCUCGACAAGUACCCCACCCUCCUGCAGGAGCUUGAGCGACAUGUGGAGGAAGCGCAUCCAGAUUACAGUGACAUUCUCAAAGCAACCGUUGCAUUUAAAAAUCUUGUGACUCAGUGUCAAGAUCUACGAAAAAGAAAGAACCUGGAGUUGCAGAUCUUGUCAGAGCCAGUGCGGAGCUGGGAGGGCGACAGCAUGAAGUCCCUGGGUCAGGUGGUCUACAUGUCACAGGUCCACGUCCAGAGCAGCUCGAAUGAGGAAAAGGAAGAGCGAUACUUCAUGCUUUUUCCCAAUGUGGUAGUCAUGCUGUCUGCCAGCCCACGAAUGAGUGGUUUCAUUUACCAGGGACGUCUUCCACUGACUGGAACCACAGUAACCAAACAGCCAGAGGAUGCAGAGACAGGCCAUUAUGCUUUUGAGAUCACAGGGGGGACGAUAGAUCGCACCAUGGUGUUCUGCAGCAGUGCACAGGAGCAGCUGGAGUGGUUAGAGCAUCUUCAUGCUUACACCAAGGAAGGGAGCCCAGUUGGAACAAUAUUGAAGAAUGUUGAGGGUAAGCCUACAACCAUGACUGGCACAUCGUCCCACCACUUGCACAGUUUCGGUACUGCUGUGGCUAACCGAGGUCCUCUCGAACCCCCCAAGAUCACCAAGCCAUGGUCCCUAAGCUGUCUGAGACCCGCUCCGCCCCUCAAGCCCUCCGCUGCGCUAGGUUAUAAAGAGAGGAUGUCUUAUAUCCUGAAGGACUCUAGUAAAAGCCCCAGACCCAGACCCAAGUUCCUCCCAAAGAGAAAAACGGAGAGAAAACCAUCAGAUGAUGAGUUCCUGCUUAGAAAAAGCACAGCAGCUCUAGAGGAGGAUGCUCAGAUACUUAAAGUGAUUGAGGCCUACUGCACCGGAGCCAGUCUCCACCAAUCCACCACAGGUAGACCUGCCUCUCAUUUGUACUCUGUUCGUAAGGAGUGCAUCCCUCAGGUCCUGCUUCCAGAAGAAGAGAAGAUUAUUGUUGAGGAGAUCAAGAGCAAUGGCCAGACGAUCAUUGAGGAGAAAAGUCUUGUUGAUGCUGUUUAUGCUCUAAAAGAUGAAGUCCAUGAAUUAAAAAAGGAGAAUAAAUGGAUGAAGCAGUGUCUGGAAGAGGAGCAGAAGUCCCGUAAGGAGCUGGAGCGUGUAGUCAGAAAGUUGGCCAAGCAAAAGAAUGACUGUUCCUGGGAUGAAGGAGGUCACUAAAGAACACUCUGGACACUCGCCUGUUUCCCUUUGCCAGCCGCAUGUAUGUGUUUCUGUGUCUGUGUGUCCUCACAAAUGUGUUUCUAUGUGUUUUUCCAUCACAUUACACACUGAACAUUGCUUUUUGAAAGUCACCGUGCUGGGGAUUUUCAGCCAUUUCUCAUCAAAUGUUUUUUAAGGACGAGGUGCGAUGAGAAGAUCAACUCUGUGAUUAGUGACUGUUUUUCUCGCCAUUCUGAAGAAUAUCACUGUGCGGUUUGCUUCACGCUCCUGUGGUGUGACAUUCUGAGAACAAAAUGGCAACUGUUCUAGAAGACCAAGUGAACUGCUUAAGUAUUUUGUGAUUUGGAAAACUUCAGAUAACUGUCGGGAGUCCUGGCCAUUUUUCGUUCCGGUUCACUCAAGCACUCCAAGAAGAAGCAUCAGAGAAAAGAUGGUGGAAUCUCUUGAACAAAUAUCUGCCUCACUUUAUGACUGUUACUGGUCAUGGACAAAAGAAAUUCAAUGACAUUCAGCCCAUGAACAGCAUUCCAACUCAAGCCACUAUUGUACACGUGAAAAUAUUCUGUUAAUGGCGUAAGAGAAGAUAUUUGUGGUUGAACAUGGCAGGACUCCACUGUAUCCACAAGUAUUGCUCUUUUUAGACCUAUUUCUGCUUUUAAAAUGUGAAAACGGUUGCUUGAGGUAGCUUUUAGGUCACAAAUGAACAAGAUUGAGAUGUGUGGUUUGCACCUGAUUGACAUGAGAUGCCCUACUUGCCAUCUUGAAAUGAGUUUUGUUUUUCCUUUUAGUUUGAAGGCUUUGAAUUUGACGCCUGUAAUGCGUCAUUGGACUGUAGGUUUAGAUUCAGUUUAUUCCAAACGCGUGUUACCCGGACCGUCACUCACAUCAGCAUGGGUACAAAGUAUUUUUAAAACAGCCAUUAUAAUAUCACAUAAUCAUGCUUCUGAUAAUCAUCACUAGUUUAAAUCUAUCAGGGAUAUAGUUGUCAGAAAUAGUCAAGUUUAUAAUACUAUACUAAUACGAUACAUCAUAUAAUGUAUGUAUAUCAUAUAUACAAUAUAAAUAUGUAUAUAUCAUAGAUAUUAUGGCAAAAGGAACCAUGUAAACUUUUUUUAAUAAUAACAAAAAUACAGUAGGACAUUUCAUCCUCCUUUUUCAGAGGCUUGAAACUAUAUCUUAAACCAAAAAAAAAUCCAGUAUGUUUAUGGAUUUGGUACUAGGAGCCCUUUUAGGACUCGAAACCAAGUGUACGUAGAGACAUACGGUACUUUAGGCACUGAUGUUUGUUCCUCACUUACAUACCUUGGAGACUCGUAUUGUAGUGAGAAACAAAUGUGGUUAGAACCCAAUUCUAUUUUAUUUAUUUUUUUAGCAAACUGCUCCCCAUCAGCAAUAUACGGAAGCCAGUUUCUGCCACCGAUUUAAAAAAUUAAAGGCAUUGCGCCUUUUUCUCUAACAAUUCUGGGCUUUUUUCUCAGAAUUACAUGAUACAAACUCGCAAUUCUGACCUUGUAGAAUAGCGAUAUAUAAAUUGGAAUAUAAACUCGCAAUUCUCAUCUUCUUUUCUCGCAAUUGUGAGCUUAUAUUUCGAAAUUCUGACUUUGUGUCUUGCAACGUGAGAUAUAAACUCACAAUUGUAAGUUAUGAAGUCAGAAUUGCAGGAUAUAAACUCGGAAUUCUGACUUUUUUUCUUGCAAUUGCGAGUUUGUAUCAUAAUUUUGACUAUUUUCUCUGAAUUACAUGAUACAAACUCGCAAUUCUUAUCUGUUUUCCUCAGAAUCUGCAAUUGUGAGUUAAAAAGUCAGAAAUGUGGAAUAUAAACACAUUUUUUCCUUACAAUCGUGAGUUUAUAUCUCAUAAUUCUUUGUUUCUCGCAAUUCUUACUUUUUUUUCGUAGUUCUGACUUUGUUUCUUGCAAUUCUGACCUUUUUUUCUCAGGAUUGUGAGAUAUAAACCUGCAAUUGUAGGUUAUGGAGUCAGAAUUGUGGGAUAUAAACUCUUUUCUCGCAAUUGCGAGUUAGUAUCUCAUAAUUCUGACUUUUUUUCUCAGAGUUAUAAGAUACAAACUCGCAAUUCUGACCUUUUUUCCUCAGAAAUGAUAAAAACCCACAAUUUCAAGUUAUGAAGAAAGAAGUCAGAAUUGCUUUGUAUCCCGCAAUUCGGACUUACUACUACUCUCGCAAUUGUGAGUUUAUAUCUAGCGAUUCAGACUUUUUUUCUCGCAAUUCCGACAUUUCCCACAAUUGCGAGUUGUGAAGUCCAAUUACGAAGAGAAAAAAGACUGAUAUUUUCUCAGAACUGCAAGAUUUUAUCUCACAAUUCUCACUUAAUAACAUGCAAUUUUGUUAUGAAGUCAGAAUUUAAAUCUCACAAUGCUGAGUUUUUUUUCUUCACACUUUGGAGUUUAUAUCUCGCAAUUCUGAGAACCUGAAAACGAGGUUGUGAUGGAUGCGUUUAGUGGAUGGUACUGUAGUUUAGCAACAUACCGAUAGUUCUGCUGACAAAACGUCAUUCUGAAGAAACUCAGUAGACAGUAGUCUUGAAAGUUGAGUUGCGAAAAUGACGUGAUCUAGCUAAAGACACUACGACUAUCCAUCGGAGCCUCGUUUUCAUUCACGUUGAAUUUAAUAUGGCAUUAGAGUGGAGGUGCAUUUUCUUACUCAUUUGUAUUCUGCCAUGCACACGUGGUAUAUUUGUUUUUGCCAUUUUAACUGUAACAAAUUACACCAACAAUUACACAAAUGACACUGUGUCUGGAGUCCUAAUCAUUACCGAUCAUAACCGUGACUAAUCUUUUCAUUUGCUGCGGAUUGGAGAGGUGAUCUCUAUCUUAAGCAGUGAAGCAAUGCAUGCAAAGAGCUGUAAAGAUGAGCAAAACUUGGGUGGGGAGUUUUUCUUUUAUCUUUUUAAACCCACCAGCAGACACCUCCGGAGCAUUGCUGUGGCAAUUCAAUGCAAUAUGCGACUGGUUUGUUGUUACAAUUGCUGUGCAAGAGCCGGUUUUCUCUCUUGGAAGGAGUAUACUGUAUAAUAUAUAUUCUUCCGAUUAGGCAAUAAGAUGUGCUCUGAGGUGCACAAAUGUAAUGCUGUUACUGUGGUACUGUGUGUAAAUCUGUUUCAUGUUUGUGUGUGUGUUUGUUUUUCCAGCAAUUAACCUUGCAUGCCAUGUGUUACACAUAGCCUUAAAUAUUAUUUUAAAGUGUUAACCCUGAUUGUAUUGUUGCUGUUGUUGUUAUUAAGAAACUCCUGAAGUUUUAAAAUAUCGGCCUGAAAUUUUGACAUCUGUAGUGGUGACAUUUCUGAUGGCCUGUUUAUGUGUGUGUAAUGUGGAAGAGAUUGAAGUGAUCAGUAGGUAAUACAUGCUGUUUGCUUAAGUUGGCUACUGAUCUCACUGAAAAGGAAAUUCACUUUGUCAUGUCAUGAAUGUGUCAGGAAAAAAUGAGCACUUUCAGGAGAUCAUAAACGAUGGUUGAUGAAUGUUCACGUCAGUUUCCUCUUAAAAGUGCCCAUGUCUGCAGAACACAAGUUUUAUUUUUGCGGAGCUGAUCUAUGCAAUAUAAAUGCUAUAUAUAUAUAUAAUUUGUGUUUUUUUUUCUCCCUAGUGCUUGUGUUUUUAUUUUGUCCUCAUUUCAAUAAGGAAUUGUUUUAAUAAAAUAACAUCAUGUUAAUAAGCUAUACGUUUGAUUUUAUUACACAUAUGAGGAAAUUCCACCUUGUUAAAUAUAAAGGUAGCACACA